UCGCUGUUUACCUAAGCGUGAUUGACAAAAACGGCUAGACUACACGUGAUUAAAAGAAAGUCUUGGCAUGAGAUUAUGUAAUGUGACGAACAAAGGGGGGGAGCAAACUAGCGGGGAGCGAGGAGUGGCGAAUGUUCACCGGCGACCUACUAUAUAGUGUGUACAUUCAUACAUCUGUAUACAGCGUACACCGGUUGAUGCGGGUGAGGCUGGUCAGUGCUGCUUACAAUGGCUGAAUCCCAUUCUAAAGAAAGAAAUGAAGCAGAUGCCAAAGCCCUCCUCCACGCCUCCUUCAAAAACCUCUCCAUAAACACUGACCCCACCACUAAGAAAACCCCACCCAGGAAAAAAUCCUCUCCCGUCACAGAAUCAUGGGAAGACGAGCCCCUCUCCUCCCCAUCGUCCUCCUCAGAUGAACAUGAAGACGGCAUAACCCCUCCGGCCUCCGCAACCCUGAGAUCCCCAAUCACCACAACCACCACCUCCUCCUCAACUGGCAGCAGCACCCCUUCCUCCCAGGUACAGGCCGGCACGCAUGCUCCCCCUCCAACCCCUAUCUCCCCACAAAACAGCUCCCUACCACGCUGGGUCCCCGACCUUCCGUCCGCCUGUAACAGUAUCCCGCCCCCACGCCAUGCCGCUUCCACUCCCUCUCCACCCUCCGGUAUGGAAAGGAGACCGGAAAAACAGACUGCCGUCGCGAGCCGUAUGAUCGCCGGCGCACUGGGGAUACGGGCUCCCAAACGCACGGAGGAGCAGAGGGCGUAUGAUCGGGCCAUGAGGGAGAAGGAGGCGAAGCGGAGGGAGAGGGAGAGGGAAUUGGCGAAUAUGAGGCGGAUGGAAGAGGAGAGGGCGAAGGCGGCGGUUUGGGAGGAGUAACCUGGAAGGAUUUAUAUACAUAUAUAUAAACUAUCCGUGUAUGCUUGUAUUUUUAUUUUUUUUCGGGGAUCCUGGCAUUUAUGUCUCAUCUUUUUCUUUUUUACAUUUUGCGGGGGAGUUUAGUCUUGGAUAGUUAUGGUUCUUUUGAUAUAUGAUUGGAUAGAUAUAUCCAUCUUAUUGCCUUUGUCAUGGUUUGUGGCGGUAAUAAUAACUGUUAAUCUAAUUAACUCACGAUUUAUUCUAACAUUACCAACCAUUCCCUAGUUUUUGUAACUGUAGUUACGUAUAAAUUUUAUCUUGUGUUUACGGGAAAGUUCUGUUGGUAACCGGUAUAUUUUUUCCUUGAAAAAAAAAAGACUUCACUUAGCAUAGUUCUCCUAGUGUAUGGAUAUGGGCACCAAGGUUGUAUGAUCUUAACUUGACCGCAA